GUUCCGAGGAACACUUGUCCUGCUGUGGCAUCCUUUACCCAACAAGCUUCAAUGCUGCUGCUGCUGCUUCUGCCCUUGCUCUUCAAGGGAAUUCUCUGCCCUGGGCCAAGCCCAGAGGCUGGCCACGUCCUCGGACCCCAUCAUCUAGCAGGAGAAGAACCCCUCUCCUUUCACAUGAUCCAGAUCUCCUCCUUUGCCAACCACAGCUGGGAGAACACCCAGGGCUCAGGCUGGCUGGGCGAAGUGCAGACUCAUCGCUGGGACAGUGUCUUGGGUACCAUCGUCUAUCAGUUGCCCUGGUCACGGGGUAAUUUUAGCAAGGAGGAGUUGGAGAACAUCCAUGUGCUAUUGCAGCUGUACUUCCAUAGAUUUCCCCAGGAAGUGCAGGCAUAUUCCAGUCGGUUUCAGUUGGAAUAUCCCUUUGUGAUCCAGAUAUCAUCUGGCUGUACAAUGCAUCCUGGGAAGGCCCCAGAAGCCUUCUUAAAUGGGGCAUAUCAAGGAUCAGAUUUCCUGAGUUUCCAAGGAUAUUCCUGGAAGCCAUCUCCAGGCGCAGGAAGUCGGGCUCAGAAUGUCUGCAAACUGCUCAAUCGCUACCGAGUUAUCAAAGAAAUUGUGAAGAACCUUCUAGGUAACACCUGUCCUCGCUUUCUGGCUGGCAUCGCCGCAGCAGGGAAGUCAGAACUGGAACGGCAAGUGAAGCCAGAGGCUUGGGUGUCCAAAGGCACUAGUCCUGGUCCUGGGCGUCUGCUGCUGGUGUGCCAUGUAUCUGGCUUUCAUCCCAAACCUGUGUGGGUGCGGUGGAUGCGCGGUGAGAAGGUGCAGCCAGGCACUCAGCAAGGCGAAGUCCUGCCCAAUGCUGACAGAACAUGGUAUCUGCGAGUAACCCUGGACGUGGCAGCUCGAGAGGCGACUGGCCUGACUUGUCGAGUGAAACACAGCAGCCUCGGAGGCCAUGAUCUAAUCAUCCACUGGGACGGAUACCCCGUCCUCCUGAUAUUGAUCUGCUCGGCUCUGAUGGUUACCCUGGUUAUGUUGGUUGUGGGUGGCCCGUGGUUUCAAAAGCAGAGCUCAAACUGGAACGUCUGCUCUCCCCAGGCACCCAGCCUUGCCUUUCCCACAGGAGCCAAUAUCCAAGAACCCAGGAGUUUAGGAAAUCAGUUCUACUUGGCACAGAAAUCCUGGAUGAAAAACAGAUUCUUGAAGAAAGUAAAAAUAAGCCUAAGCAAAUUCUGACGGCAUUUGUUUUACCUGAUGUAUACAAUUCUUGUCUGUAUUUUCAUUGUGGAAAGUAUUACAGAUGUCCUCCCUUUUUUCCCAUUGACCCUCUCCACCCUGCACCUGCCUCUCCCAAACCUUCACCACACUAUUGUCUGUGUCUAUGGGCUAUGCAUGUUCCCCCAUUAAUCACCACCCCCCAUUCUCUCACCCACACCUUCCAUCUGAAAUUCAUCAGUCUGUUCCAUGCUUCCAUGUCUCUGGGUCUAUUUUGUUCAUCAGUUUAUUUUGUUCAUUAGAUUCCACAUA